AUGAAGCUCGUCAUGAUUCUAACUCUCCUAGUUUUAUUGACAGCUCUUAGCGACGCUAAAAAAAAAGGAAAGAAGAAAUCACAUAAAAAGAAAACAACAGUUACAGAAUCGCAAAGUACCGUACCAAAAUCGACUUUGUUUCCAAAACCUGAUAAGAAGAUUGUUGGUGGUGACAUGUCAGACGAGAAAUUAACUUCCAGUAAUCUAAGACUUGCGACGAGCACAAGCCUGACAACAGAAGGGGUAGCGGGGUCUAAGGGGCCGACAGGGUCAAAAGCAUCUGUAGGGUCAACGGCAUCUGUGGGGUCAACGGUAUCUGUGGGGUCAACGGCAUCUGUGGGGUCAACGACAUCUGUGGGGUCAACAGCAUCUGUGGGGUCAACGGCAUCUGUGGGUUCAACGGCAUCUGUGGGGUCUACGGUGUCAACAGCUUCUGUAGCAUUAACGGGGUCAACGGCGUCUGUAGGGUCAACGGGGUCAACAGCUACUGUAGCAUUAACGGGGUCAACAGCGCUUGUAGGGUUAACGGAGUCAACAGCUACUGUAGCAUUAACGGUGUCAACGGCAUCUACCGCAUCAGUAUUGUCUGGAGGAGCGAUAGGACAGAAUAUAACGACCACCCAACAAUCAAACAGUUCGAAUGUAAUUACAACUGAUCAAAACCUUGACAUCACCGAUGACGACGAAAUCGAGAAUGAACCGUUGAUAGCAGAUCGAACAGAGGAUAGCAGAUCUAAUGAACUGUCAUUUAUCCAUGAAUUUCGGAAAUCCAAUGAUGAACCAAAUUUUUUAGCGACUGAACAAGACGAUGAAAUGUUUACAACAGAACCAAUGAUAGAAUUCAAAAGAAAAAAACGCCAUACCAGACUAUCUCGUAAAAAGAGAAGUAACAACAUUAUUGAAGAAGAAAAUCUUGGGACUACUAUAUUCGGUUUUAAGUUCACUGGCAGCGAAUCUCCACCUGGCGAUAAAACGAUGUACAAAAAUAUCAACAUAUGAAUGAAAUUAAUUAAAUAUGUGUUACUCAAUAAAAGCUAGCAUAUUUUCGGGGGAUUUUACACGUAUUUCAAACAGUAUUUUAUAAUGAUAUGAACUGAUUUGUUAUACUGUGAGUGAUAAUUUGGGAUAAAUAAAAAUACA